CUUCAAUGUCUACUCUCGUUGAAUAACUUUAAAAAUGUGUUCAUGUUUCAAUUGUUUCAUGAUUACCUUAGAUAAUUUUAUAGUUGGAUCGAGAAAUAUCGCGACUUCUUUUCGAGUUUUUACCUAUCUUAUUAAUUUAAUCCUUUCUACUUCCUCUUACACAGUUUUGCAAGGAUAUAGGGAUAUAGUAAAAGAAACGUAAUAAUGGCGAUCUAAUACUCAACAUCUCUACGCUUGGAAGAACAUUGCAUAAAAGCACAAAUAAUGUAUUCAGUCAUGUAAUAUUUGUUCAAAUGUACGACCUCUUGUAAAAUGCUGAUGAUAUCGUAUGUUCGCUCUGGACAAUAAUUGCAGGGGGCUCGCUUCAUCCGAACCGAAGUUUGUUUGCAGCAAACACACAUCGCAUAAACAACAAUGGCGGAUGAAAAUAACGAACUCCCCGUCGACGAAAAAGAACGGCUUACAGCUAGUGACAACAUGAUGGAAAGCCAAGCACCGGACAAUGCGAAACCCAGCGAGGAUGGAAUGGAGGAAGUCAUUAUAAGAGAUACGGAUGAAAAGCCUCAAGACCAUCCCGCUUCAAAGAAAGAAGAACUGAGGAUUAUGAAAAAUGUCCUUGUAGUCAGCCUUGGGUUCCUGUUUAUAUUUACGGCGUUUCAAUCGCUUCAGAAUCUUCAAAGCAGUUUAAACCCUGACCAGGGUCUUGGACUUGCAAGUUUAAGUGUUGUGUACGCAGCUCUUAUCUUAUCUUGCAUACUGGUACCCCCAUACAUGAUCGGAAGGCUUGGUUGUAAGUGGACCCUAGUCAUAUCGAUGUUUGCCUAUGUUCUCUAUACAGUGGCGAACUACUAUGCCCGUUGGGGAACAAUGAUACCGGCUUCUAUACUACUUGGUGCUUCCGCCGCUCCCUUGUGGGCCUCCAAGUGUACGUACCUUUCCACCUCAGGCAUACGUCUGGCAGAGAUCACGGGACAGGCCCAGGAAGCCAUCGUUACACGCUUCUUCGGCAUCUUCUUUCUCAUCUUCCAGAGCGGGCAAAUCUGGGGGAAUUUGAUCUCAUCCCUUGUGCUCGGACAAAAAGGCCCGGACAUUUUCCGAGAAGAUGCCAAUGAGGUGUGCGGAGUCAACUUCUGCGGGGAUCCGCCCAAAGACCUCAAUAUGACGGUUAACGUGACUGACACGCUUGCCUUGCCCGAGUACUCCCUGGUCAUCACCCUGUUGAGUAUCUACGUGGGGUGUGGCGUGAUGGCCGUGCUUCUUAUUGUCGUAUUCCUGGACCGACUGACGGGUGAUAUGUCACGCAAGAAGGAAAGCGUGACUGGCGUGACAUUACUAGUGGCGACCCUUAAGCACCUCAAAGAUCGCAGGAUGCAGCUUGUGUUACCCAUCACUGUUUUCAGUGGACUUGAACAAGCGUUCAUAUUUGGAGAUUUCACCAAGGCGUUUGUCACGUGCUCAUUGGGUAUCCACAAAGUCGGUUUUAUCAUGAUUUGCUUUGGCGUGACCGACGCGGCGUUCUCGUACAUUCUUGGGCGCCUUACGCAGUACACGGGCAGAUUAGCGGUGUUCGUCAGCGGUUUGGUGGUUCACCUGACCGUACUUAUCAUCAUGUUAGCAUGGACUCCUGACGCUAGCCUCGUCUGGAUCUUCUAUGUACUGGCUGCACUUCAAGGCUAUGGAGAUGCGGUCUGGCAGACGCAAAUCAACGCUAUGUACGGCGUGUACUUCGCCGAUAACCAAGAGCCCGCCUUCUCGAACUACCGCCUGUGGGAGUCGCUGGGCUUCCUCGUGGCGUUUGCGUACUCAAAUGCGCUUUGUAUCCGCGUGAAGCUCGUUAUUCUGAUCAUAGCGCUAGUGCUGGGUUUUAGUUUAUAUCUGUUCUCCGAGAUGGUUCACAGAAAACAAGUCCAACAACGAGACUUGCCAACUGAAGAGAAAGAACUUAAGGGAUUAAAACCGACUGAGAAACUAUUAGCAGCUGAGUGAGCUUUGUCAAAAGAUAAACCUUCUCAGCCUCCCCAAGGAAUCUCUUUUUGAUGUCCUGUCAGAAACAAGCUUGGGACUCCUGUUAUCGUUUCGCCACAGGUAGCCCAAAUAUUGGAAAACUCGAGAGAGCCAAAAGCUUCACAAGAAACGCCUGCUGAGGAGGCUAAGAUCAUUUGUAUUUUCUCUCUUUAGCGUGCGGACACGUGACAUGGAGGUCAAGAGUUACAAUCAUUGUAACAGAUCAUAUAAGGACAACAUUUAUUUUGUGGAAUGGUGCAUAUAGCAACAACGAUGUAUACACCUAUUUCAAAAAAACACGUCAGUACGAAUGGCGAAUGGCAGUUCUACGACCGAAAGAUGCUUAUGGGUACUAAUAGGGGACUUGCGCUGAAAAAGUUGCUUUUUUGCUGUAUUUUGCCGCUAAAAGGGUGAGCGCGCGCUAGUUUGACGUCCAAACAAUCACGUGAUCUCUUAGCUCAAGUCCCCUAUUAUUCGCAAACAUAAUGGUCAUAAAGGAAAUCCAGCCAUACAUCGAUGGCCUUUUAAAGAUUAUUGUAUGAUUAAUCAAUAUUCUCCUGAAUUUGGUUGGAAUAGAUGGAUGAGACCCAUAAUAGCCUUCGGUCGUAGUUGCAAAUCGGCAUUUAUAUUACUGUUUCAAAUGACGUUAUUUUAAAAUAAGUGUACACCUAUUUUUUAAAAAAAGUUUUUUACCAUUGCAAAUGGCCAACGGAAAAUGUCUGUUUCUCAGACUGGCUGCUUAUUCUAUUGAUUAUUUGUUAAAAUAAAGAUGAGAUCUGAUCGCA